CAGAAUCGGCGUCGCCAUGGUCACCACACGAGGAGGAACAGAGACGCCCGGCGCACCGACGCCCACGCCGCGCAGCUCGACAAGGAAACAAGCAGGAAAGCGGGAACUAGAGUCGCUGGAGACACCGACGCAGACAAAGAGGCAACGAAAAGCUCCCAAGGCUACACCAAAGAAGGGAAGCGCAAAAGAGCCAAAAGGCCAAGAGGGGUCUGCGGACGAGCCUUCGCAGGAUUCUUCAAACGAAACAUCGGACACGACCGCCAUCGCUGCGCCUACGUCAGAAGCUCCCCAGACGCCUAGGCAGGGCGGCGUACCAGCUCGCCGAAGAUCAACUCGUCAAUCCGCUGCUGGCGGCGAGUCAGCCGACCAAUCGUCCAACACCGAGGGAAAAGAAGACGAGGAGCCAUCCACUGCGCAGAACCCAGGCUUUUACACGCCCGCACAAGCACCCGGCUCCGUUUAUGCGACGCCAGCUACACACAGGCAGCCCGAGGGCUCACCUACACCAAAAGCCAAUGCGAUGAAGGACCACACGCCGUCAGCGGCAGCGAAGAAGGGAAGAGGGCGCCCAAAGAAAUCAGUACAAAAGGAGCUUGCGGAGGUCGUCGAAGAAGCAGGCGAAGAAGUGCCGUCAUCCACCUAUGAGAGCGAAAUGGCACCUAUACCGUCGCAAGACUCUAUACCUCCAUCUGCACAGCCUGAGAAAACACACAUGCGAUUUGGCAGCGAGGAGCCUGCGCCGACUCAAGAUACUCCAGUCGUGAACAAGCAAGGCAGUAAACUUUCCGAGGCCACCAAGUCUGCAAUUGAGCCAUCCCAAGUCGAAAGUGAAAAAGACGACGAGGCCAGCGACUCGGACGACGAGGCUCCCGAGGUAGUCACGACCGCCGCCGCCAGCUCCAAAGCUCUCGCCGCGCGUACCGAAGCCGAGCGCGCACAGAAAGCCCAGCAAGCCAAAGAACAAGCCAAACGACAAGCCCGCGAGGAGUUUCUCGCCGCCCAACAAGCCGCCAAGCGCGAGCGCGAAGAAAAGAAGGCCAAGAAACUCGCAAAGCAAGCCGCCAAAGAGGCAAAGGCAAAUGCAGCAGCAGCAGCAGAAGAAGAAGAGGGUCCCACCGCCAACGAAGAGUCCGACGCUGAACCCCCCCGCAUGAACCUCGAUACAUCCAACGGGCUGCUCCCCGCCUCUCUCCUCGAAACCAUCGACGACCAGCGGCCGCCCACGCCGCCGCCCGAGCGCCGCGGCAAAACCGAAGAGGAAAGACGCCGCGAGAAAUUAAACCAGCAUAUCAAGUUCCUCGAGCGCACCGACAAGCCCACCAAGGACGUCAAGAAGGGCAGGCUCAGCGUCGCGGUCUUGGCACAGCAGAACAAGGUCCUGCCGCCAAAGGCGAAUAGGAAUACAAAGAAUGUGCGGGAGCACUGGCUCAAGGGCAGGCAGGCGGACAAGAAGAAUAAAAAGGCUGUUGGGAAACCGCGGUUCGGCAAGAUGGAGAGGAGACAGCAUGGAAACCGUGGUUUCUUGAGAGAUGGAGACGACUAGAGAGAUGAUGGCUUUGGCGAGAGGUCACGACGUUAGUUGUCAUGUCUUGAAUGGAUGUUUCCGUAUUACGUAUGUAGCAGGGACAUGCAAAAGUCUAAAAGUUGAAAAA